AGAGGGAGGGAGAGGGUGAGUACAUGUGAGUGUGCCGUCAUUCGUUUUUGAGCAGUGAGCAAGAACACAGCAUCUCCGGAUGGAGGAAUCGAAUCCUGAGUGAAGAGAAGAAAUAAAGCGAGAGAGCAAGUCAACAGAGAAAACACAUACCUAUAACGAUAUAUCUAUAACACAGUAUACAUAUAUCACUAUACAGUAUGCCUGUUUUCCACAAGCACCGGUUCUGACUCUAGGAUACCCUCCAGUGUGCUGUCCUUUUUUGUCUCGCCUCACUUGUGGUGAUGUGAUCAUGUAAUGAAUAAGAAGACUCCAUUUUUUUCUGCCGUGAUUGAGACAUUUGACUUGAUCUCUUGUGCAAUCAAUCGCUUGCUUUUCCUGUGUUUUAAAAGCCUGCCCACUUAUUGUGGGUGAGGACGUUUCUUUUAGAAGAUGAGCACGACUCUCUGUAUCAGUUUAAAUUUCAUCCUGCUUGUAGUUGUCACAUCAUCUGAAUCAGCUAAUCAGACUGAAGUGGCUGUGACAAUGGAGGAAGAAGGGGAGGGGUCAUCGGGCAACCGUUGCUGGGGUUAUUAUGAUGUGAUGGGUCAGUGGGACCCACCAUUUAACUGCAACGCUGGCACUUACCAGUUCUGCUGCGGCUCAUGCUACUAUCGCUUCUGUUGCCAGUUCAAAGGUCAUAGCCUAGAACAGACAAGUUGCUCUAAUUAUGACACACCUGCCUGGGCCAAUACAGGAAAACCUGCCAGUGGAAAUGAUGCCAACAAUGCUAAUGCCAAUGCCAUUACUAACACUAGCAAUGUGCCCAAGCCAGACCACACGCACAUGAUUGUAUAUGUGAUAUGCGGUGUGGUGGCCAUCAUGAUGCUUGGAGGAAUCUUUGCAAAAUUGGGUCUGGAGAGGAGCCGUGGAAGAGCUGGAGAUACUGGCAACACCAGAACACUGACAGAGCAGCUGAAGCUGCCCGGUGAGACAGAGUGCGUGGUUCGAGGGACAGGACAUCAGCGAACGAAUGAAAUCUCUGGACACCUGAUCAGAACUAAUAAUGAACGUAUAACAGCCAGAGACCACUAUAGGAGUUUCAAUCUGAUGGACAACACAUAUCGCCAGUCAUCACCUACGACUUUCCAGCCCAUUGCUUUCCAUUCCAAAGAAAAACCAUUCCUCUUUCCACCAGAGAUCCAUGCUCCUGUCUCAAACACCAUAACACCUCCCCAGAUACCCAAGUCCAAGAUCUCUAUGACCAACGAUCAUCCACUGACCUCCAACUCAGCCUUUCAAACGUGGGAACCAAGUAAAAGUCCUGCUAAGUUUCAUUUCUCUCUCACUGGCCAACAACAGCUCUCCAUGUCCCAGCCCAACAGCCGAGGUCAUGACUACAUAAACAAACUCCAGUUUAGAACAGAGACCCUGCCGGAACUGGUCUAUCAGCCAGUAGGUUACGGACGUUCCCCUCAGGUUCUUCCCAAACACAAGGGGCUUCACACAAACAGCAAGACAGAAGUGACUGUAUGAAAGAGAAAGAGCAGGGCAUAGAGGGAGAGGAGGGAGAUGUGGAGGAAAAUCAACACUAACAAUAGGAGCAUAGUAGCUUGGAAAAGGAAUAGGAGUUUAAAAAGCUGUAAUUAAAAAAAAGAGCCCCAGAUAUGCAGAGAAAGUAAUUUAUAUUCUGGUAAACAUUUGUGGCAUUUCCUGUUAUUAAAACAUUAUAUACCAAACAGGAUAGAUCUUGAGUCAGCAGUGAGUCUCUGUGAAAUCUGGACUUUCCUUUUUACUCAAUUUUCCCCUCUGUCACUCAGUUGUCUGAUCCAGUAAAUGAAAUGUGGUAAGCAUUAUGACCACAGUAGCAAUGCAUCUCAAUGUCUCCAAGUUCCUCACACAUGACUGGACCUGUGCUGUUAACUCUCAUUAACCUCCAACUAACACUGACAGAGGAAUCAUAAAAGUAGUUCUGGAGUUAUGGCUAACACCAGACUGAGGCUAGCAAGUGCCAUUUUAGCACCGAGGUGUAAAGCACUUUCAUAGAUUGAGUUCACACAACUAACAAAAUCUAUACUCGUAAUUCAGGUACGGCUGAUUUAAAGGCUUUGUUUUAUCAUCAUGAUUGAUGAUGUUGGGAUUAGUUGUGUGAGAUUGCUCUAUAUUUGAUAGAUUUGGUUUAGCAGUGUAAAAAGUAAUUGAGAGCAAAAUGAGGCGGUGCUGGGAUUUGGGAUUUAUUAAAAUCUUGAUUGGGUAAUAUUUGAUUGACAGCAUUUAAAUGAGACUGCUGCAGUUAACAAAAUCAGUCACAACAGCGCCCCCCCCCCCCCCCCCAAAAAAAAAAAAUGUAACAUUUUAAAACAUAAUCUAGAAAAGUUCUAGUUCACCACAUUUAGUGUUAGUACAUUUCAGGACUCACUAGUGAAGGUCACAGAUAGAACGUAUAUCAGAUGUCAGAGCAUUGUUAGGAACAGCCUUCACCUGAGGGAAGCACUAAUCUCUUAAGAAUCAGGAGACUCUGCUUUUCUGUUUGAGAGAAACAGCCAGCUUUGUUUAAUUCUGUCAUUUUAUUGACAAAGGAUAGGCUGGAUCUACACACUGCUACACUGAUCAGGAUAAAGUUCUUAUGGUGUUUGACUUUGGCAUGAAGAAGGUCUGAUGCCUGGCAGAUGUCUGAGGUAUAAUUGAGGUAUAAUUAUUUUAAAGAUUGAUUCCCGGGAAAAGGGAAAAACAUGCAGCACUUUUGUUAUUUUCCUGUGAUAAUGUAUAAUAAGACUUGAUCUGCCUCUCGCUCUGUCUCUCGUUCCUCCUCUUACUCACCAGUUCUAUUUUAAGAAACAGUUCAUUUCCACUGCGGAAUCAGUUGCCAGGACAGAUCUGCUGAAGUGCCAUCGCCAGUUUUCCCACAGUGAGGAUACGAUUGUUCAGCUGAUUGAUGUGAGAUUGCAAUAAUGCAGACUGGGCCUGUUCCAGGUUUGGGCAUGUGACUAAAUUACAUCGGCACAGUGUGAUCUGUUGUUUCCAUGGAGACACCCCCUGUCGAUGCCUGAAGGACUCUCCAAGGACAAACAUGGCUGUAGACGCCAUUUUUAUCUCUUGAAGCAGCUGAUCAGGCCUCAGACAGCCAUGAACGGGAAGUUAAGGUCACGUGUCGAAGAUUUCAGGCUUCUGAAUAAAACUUUUUAUUCUUAAUAAGAUUUUCUACACAGAACAUAUGAUGAAUAGAUUCACCAUGAAAGCCUGGUGUGAUAUUAUGAAGCUUUCAGGCAUGAAGUCUGCCUACAGUAAUGACAACUAAUUAUGCAAGUUUUUUGAUUCUAAUGUUUCUUGACUUUCUGUGGUUUAAUCUCAGUGUUUGUCUUUAGCAAUACAACAGAACCUAAAAGAAAAUUGCUUCCAGAAUGUGAAAUUAAAUUUUAUCACAUUUUAAAAAUGUCUUGAAUCCACAUUUGAGGUUUGGGCUGCAUGUAGAAAAUUAUAUUUACAUUUAAUCACUUUUAAUAAUUACCUUUAAGUGUACAUUUGAUUCUACUGUAAUAUGUUGAACAUUUCACUCUUUACGGUUUACUGGUAGACAAUUGUAGAAUUAUUUUGUACAAUAAGGGCUUAUUAAUGCGGAAUAAUCUGAUUUCAAUUCAACUGAAAGCAGCAUGGACAGAAAUCUGCAGAAAGCCAUGAUUAAGUGUUCGGGACAGACAGCAUGGUGAAGCACUGACAUUAUAUUAGUAUUAUUUUUUUAAUCAAAUUUAUUUAUCAUAAAAUACAAUAAAAAUGAAUAAUCCAAUGCAUAAUGAUUAACCAUUGGUCUACAGAAAGACAGAAAAAACAAAUAUGUAAACAAUUAUAUAUGCAAAUUCCUGUAUGAAUAUUUAUUAGCAUGUGCAUUUUUUACCCCAUCCUUCAAAUAUUGGACAGUUUUCAGUUAAAAACCAGUGGGUGAUUAAUUACUCAUUGCUGAGCUGAACAAAGUAUUGGCACCCUUCUUCCCAUCACUCAGCAUAACUGAGCAGUAGUUUAUUUUCAGGCCACAUUGCUAGAGCUUUAAUAAUUGUUUAAAAAAACCUGUAAAGGAUCAAAUAUAGCACAUCAUCUUCAUGCUGGAAUCCUGAACCCCAGACCAACGUUAUCUCACCCUCUGUUACUGUCCUUUUCUCCCUCUCUCUAUCUGAUAUUCUGUCUCCUUAUCCUUCUCUGUACAUUCUGCAUUAAAUCGCAUGAAGCAUUCACUGAUGUAGAAUAGUUAUUAUCUCUUUAUUCUGAGUGAAGUGUCUGUGUCCACAUUUCUAUAAUGUCAUAAAAUGAAAUGCAAGCAAGGAAAAACAAAAUGUCUGUUCUGUCACUUGUGUGUGUUUGAACAGUUACGGUGCAGUGCAGAGAAGUGACCUGUUUUUUAAAGCUCAGUUGUAGCAAAUGUUAUUAUCAUGUUUGUGAUGAAUUCUCAAAAAAAUGAUGUCAUCUAUAUUGGCCAUAUGUCAAUGAAUCAGUGCUAAAAUAUUCGGGGAUAUUUUUUCUCCCUGCCCCUUUAUAGUCAGACUGUUAAGACUUUUUAGUGUUUUAGAGUGUUUAGUGUCUGAACAUCAACUCUGUCCCCUUAUAUUACAAUGUAAGAAGUUACCCACCACUCAGUUGAAGGUCAUUACACAUGGACAAAAACAUAUUUAGUAGUAAAAGCCUUUAUUUAUGCAACAUUACUCUGGUUUUGAUGUUUUGUGAAUUUUAUGCACUUUUUAACUUUAUAGAAGAAAUCAGUCUUUGUAUGAAUUUGGUACAAAAUUAAAUUAAUCUACUCACUCAGACUGUGCCGUGUGUGUGUGUGUGUGUGUGUGUGUGUGUGUGUGUGUGUGUGUGUGUGUGUGUGUGUGUGUGUGUGUGUGUGUGUGUUUGUGUGUAUGUGUGUGUGUGUCGGUGGGUGGGGGGUUACUAAAAAGCUUGUUUCAGCAUACCCAACUGUUUAAUAAUUUAAUUUUGUAACUAUAUUUAGUGUAUAUUUAGUAUAACUCUACAUGUUAUUAUGUUCAUGUGCAUGUAAAAAAAUAAAACCUUAGCAGCAGAAGAGAUGAAAUAAAGGUCUUUGCUAAAUAACCCCCUUUUCUCCACAUAUAGACACACACACAUUUUUAGCAAUGAUUGGAUGAAGUAGCAAAAAUGAAUGUGGUAGGCGGUAAAGCUGCAGUGCAAUGAUUACUAAGCUCUCUCUCUCUCUCUCUCUCUCUUUCU